AUGGCCCAGUCCAAGCCAGCUUACAAGGUUGCCGAUAUCUCGCUCGCCGAGUUCGGACGCAAGGAAAUCACCCUUGCUGAGAACGAGAUGCCAGGACUCAUGGCGAUGCGCGCCAAGUACGGACCAUCCCAGCCAUUGAAGGGAGCUAGAAUCGCCGGAUGCCUCCACAUGACCAUCCAGACCGCCGUUCUCAUCGAGACCCUCACCGCUCUCGGAGCUGAGGUCCAAUGGUCUUCCUGCAACAUCUUCUCCACCCAAGAUCACGCUGCCGCCGCUAUUGCCCAGACCGGAGUCCCAGUCUACGCCUGGAAGGGAGAGACCGACGAGGAGUACGAAUGGUGCAUUGAGCAAACCAUCGUCUUCAAGGAUGGACAACCACUCAACAUGAUCCUCGACGACGGAGGUGAUCUUACCAACUUGGUUCACGCUAAGUACUCCCAAUACCUUCCUGGAAUCCGCGGACUUUCCGAGGAGACCACCACUGGAGUCCACAACUUGGCUAAGAUGCUUGCUAAGGGAGACCUCAAGAUCCCAGCAAUCAAUGUCAACGACUCUGUCACCAAGUCCAAGUUCGAUAACUUGUACGGAAUCCGUGAGUCUCUCCCAGACGGAAUCAAGCGCGCCACUGACGUUAUGCUCGCCGGAAAGGUCGCCGUUGUCGCUGGAUACGGAGACGUCGGAAAGGGAUCUGCCGCUUCUCUCAAGGCCUUCGGUUCCCGUGUCAUCGUUACCGAAAUCGACCCAAUCAACGCUCUUCAAGCCGCCAUGGAGGGAUACGAAGUCACCACCCUUGAGGAGGCUGCUCCAAAAGCCAACAUCAUCGUCACCACCACCGGAUGCAAGGACAUCGUCACCGGAAAGCACUUCGAGCUUCUUCCAAAUGACUCCAUCGUUUGCAACGUCGGACAUUUCGAUUGCGAGAUCGACGUCAAGUGGCUCAACGCAAACGCUACCAAGAAGGACACCAUCAAGCCACAGGUCGACCGCUACACCCUCAAGAACGGACGUCACGUCAUCCUCCUCGCCGAAGGACGUCUUGUCAACCUUGGAUGCGCCACUGGACAUCCAUCUUUCGUCAUGUCCAACUCCUUCACCAACCAAGUUCUCGCUCAAGUUGAGCUCUGGACCAAGUUCGGAACUCCACAAGAGUACAAGCUCGGACUCUACGUUCUUCCAAAGACCCUCGACGAGGAAGUCGCUGCUCUUCACUUGGAGAAGUUGGGAGUCAAGCUUACCAAGCUCUCCGACGACCAAGCCGCCUACCUCGGAGUUCCAAUCGCCGGACCAUACAAGCCAGACCACUACAGAUAUUAA